AUGGCUUCAAAAUCAUCGUCGAAUGUACACAUUCUGCCAUUUCCCAUUCAUGGUUCAACAAUUGAAUGCCACGGUGACGAUGGUAUUGAAACUACUGGGGACAUCGCGGCUCCUCUUCAUGUAUCAACGGCAUUUGUUUCCGGCGCAUCAGAAUCAUCUGGUCAAGUGUACAGUAGAUUACAAACUGUUACAAGGGCAAGAGUCGAAGCAGUGCUUGGAGCAGUGGAAGGUGGCCAAGCAAUAACAUAUUCGAGUGGACUUAGUGCAGCCACGGCACUCAUCCAUUGCAUCAAGCCAAGAAGUAUGUACGUAGAUGCAGGCUAUCAUGGUGUAAGGGCUGCUUUCAAACUGUGGAGUGAACGUGCAAGUGUUGGCAAUGGAAAAAUUGAAUUUCUUACUCUUGAACAAUGUAAAAAAUUGUAUGAACAAAGAGAAAGUCAGCCUCGUGCAGGUUGUUCACUUUGGCGUCCGGCAGAUAAGGAUGAAGAGCGUGCUCUCGACUUGAUUUGGAUUGAGAGCCCAUACAAUCCUUAUGCGACGGUGGCUGAUCUUGAAUGGUUUGCUGAACUAGCCUCUCGAACUGGCGCUUGUUUUGCAGUGGAUAGUACUCUGUCGUCUCCACUUGGUCAACGUCCUUUAGAACACGGAGCUCAUGUUGUCAUGCACGCAUCGACCAAAUAUCUCUCAGGGCACAGCGAUUUACUUGGUGGUGUUCUCAUAGUUCACUCUUCAUUGUCUGACAGACUUGGAUGCAAACUUCUUGCAGAACGCAAUAUUGAUGGUGCUGUCAUGGGUAAUCUAGAAACAUGGCUUCUACUAAGAUCGAUGAGAACUCUUUCUCUUCGUGUUCGACGACAAUGUCAGACAGCUUCAAUUGUAGUUCGAUGGCUGGAAAAACAACGGACGGAUGGUCACAAAGUGAAGAAAGUGCAUCAUCCAAGUUUAGAGUCCCAUCCAAGUUAUUCUCUUGCUGCUCGGUAUCUUCGUCUUCCGCCAGCUACAUUUAGCUUCGAGCUUGAGUCCGAAUCUCAAGCCAAAUCCUUUGCUCAAUCGUUGGUUCUCUGUACUCCAGCGACCAGUUUGGGCGGCGUCGAAACAUUGGUCGAUUGGCGUUACAUGCAUGAUACCAGUGUCAGUCCUGCUCUCUUGAGAGUCUCCAUUGGCCUUGAAGAGCCAGAAGAUAUCAUUCAAGAUUUUGAACAAGCAUUGAACCAAGCAAUAUGA